ACGCUCGCAGUUCACUUUGAUCGCUGGAAUCGUUCACAACAUUGUAAUCGGUUCAAUAUUGUGGGCGAGUGAAGUUCAGGUUUCUUGCUGGAUUAGAGGUCAAAAAGUGGAGAUUAAAAAAAAUUUCAGUUUUUCUAAAAGCAGUUAGUUUGAGAUUCCAAUCCCAAAACCCGCCCGCAGCCCAUCAACAAUCAUAUCAACUGUCAUUUGUUUGAACAAAUAACGGUCGCAAAAUGAAUCCGGAAUCGGUGUCGCAUUUAGAGCACAUCUGCUCCCUGGACAUUGACUCGAAGGCUGCCUUCGUGCGACUGUCCGGCAUCAUCUGUACCAUCGGGCCGGCUUCGGUCGCUCCCGAAACGCUGGAGCAAAUGAUGGCCACCGGUAUGAACAUUGCUCGGUUGAAUUUCUCGCACGGAUCCCACGAGUACCAUGCCAACACGAUCAAAAACAUCCGUGAAGCGGUAGACAACUACUCAAAGAAGUUGGGCAAACCGUUCCCGCUGGCCAUCGCCCUGGAUACCAAGGGUCCCGAGAUCCGUACCGGUUUGAUCGAGGGCAGCGGAACUGGUGAAGUUGAGCUGAAGAAGGGUGAGAAAAUCCAAUUGACCACAGACAAGGAGCAUCUGGAGAAGGGCAACAAGGAUAAGAUCUACGUAGACUACGUCAACAUUGUCAAGGUGGUCAAACCCGGUGAUCGAGUAUUCGUUGACGACGGUCUUAUCUCUCUAGUGGUGGACAGUAUUAGCGGCGAUACCUUGACCUGUACCGUUGAAAAUGGCGGUGCUUUGGGAUCCCGCAAGGGUGUCAAUCUUCCCGGAGUUCCGGUCGAUUUGCCAGCCGUCUCGGAAAAGGACAAGUCCGACCUGCAGUUCGGUGUCGAACAGGGUGUUGAUGUCAUCUUCGCUUCGUUCAUCCGUAAUGCAGCUGCCCUGAAGGAAAUCCGAACAAUCCUCGGAGAAAAGGGAAAGAACAUCAAAGUCAUCUCGAAAAUCGAAAACCAACAGGGUAUGCAGAACCUGGACUCGAUCAUCGCUGCUUCGGAUGGUAUCAUGGUUGCUCGUGGUGAUCUGGGUAUCGAAAUCCCGGCUGAGAAAGUCUUCCUGGCCCAGAAGUCGAUGAUUGCACGAUGCAACCGUGCAGGAAAGCCGGUCAUUUGCGCCACACAGAUGUUGGAAUCUAUGAUCAAGAAGCCGCGUCCGACUCGCGCUGAAAUCUCAGACGUUGCCAAUGCCAUUAUCGAUGGUGCCGACUGUGUGAUGUUGUCGGGAGAAACGGCCAAGGGCGAGUACCCGUUGGAGUGCGUUCUGACCAUGGCCAAGACCUGCAAGGAAGCCGAAGCUGCUCUGUGGCACCGCAAUCUGUUCAACGAUCUUGUCGAUUCCACCCCCACCCCACUGGACACGGCCAGCUCGAUUGCCAUUGCGGCCUCCGAGGCGUCGACCAAGAGCCGUGCAGCGGCCAUCAUUGUCAUCACUACCUCUGGACGGUCGGCUCACUUGAUCUCCAAAUAUAGGCCCCGAUGCCCGAUCAUUGCCGUUACCCGAUUCCCACAAACUGCCCGCCAGUGUCAUCUUCACCGGGGCAUCCUUCCGGUGAUCUAUGAGCAACCUGCUUUGGACGACUGGCUGAAGGACGUCGAUGUGCGCGUACAGUACGGUAUCGAGUUUGGCAAGGAACGUGGCUUCCUGAAGCCCGGCAAUCCGGUUGUAGUCGUCACCGGCUGGAAGCAAGGCUCCGGCUUUACCAACACCAUUCGCGUUGUCAAUGUCGAAUAGAUCGAUACAGUUGGGCAGCUCACCUAAAAUUUGCACUUCACCUACAAUACUAGAGAAUUGUUACAAAUCUACGUGCUAGAUCGUACGCCAUCAGUCUGCGACAGGGUCGGACAACACAACACUACUAUAUGAAACCUUAUAACCACAUCGAGAGAAGAGUACUAACAUCCGUACCUAUACGUGUUUAGAAACUAAACUUUGCAACUAUAGGUGCGUGGCUUUUGUAAAAAGUCCCACACACUUAUCAAACUGCGUUUUAUACUCUAAGUUAGUCCCCGGGAGAUUUCGAAAAUCAUCCGUUAACAAAAAUUUCCAAAACACCCAGAAUGUGAAACGAGGGUUUUUUUAUUCUAGUUUAUUGCCUAUUUAAAAACCACAUUAGUCCAAUGCAAGUGAAAGUCAAAAUUAUUUAUUCCCCCAUUUUUUCGUAAGUGCACCGCAGAAAUUAAAACCCAAUAAUUAUGUUAGCGUACUAAGCAUUAGGGAAGCAAAACCAAAUGAUCGGAGUUUCGCGGAAAAAGUUUAUGCAUGUUCUGAAAAAAAGUUAAAAUAACAACAAAAUUACCUAUCUCAUGUUAAUGGAUAUCAAUAAAAAGCUACGACAA